AUGAGCCGCAGUCCUCUUUCUGGCACCCUCCGGCCUGCAAACCACAAAACCCAACAGAGUUGCCGCCACCGUACGAAGGUCCCUACAAACACGCUGGCCAUCUCUCCGAAUCUCCGCUGCACUUGGCCCUGUUGGUCACCGUCGGCGUCAACAAAGCGAGAAAUUGCGGAUCCUAAUCGCCUGGGCGCGGCGACGACAAACCCCAAAGUGGCGCCAUGUCGACACCUCCACGAAUCGCAGUCCCGCGUUUGUGGCCUGCAUUCCAGGCAAGGGUCUCCCAGGCGGACAGGCCUGACGAGGAAGAACAGCCGCCGCCGUAAUUUAUCCCUCAAGCUCCAGAUUCCACGGUAA